AUGAAUGGGUGGACGUGUCCGGAGGAAUUAGAGCUACACACAUUCUUCACAUUUUUGGCGAAAAACAAGACCAACGUGCAGCUCAGUACCUUCCAUCAAGCCACUAGCGCCCUACUGAAACUAAAGGGCCCGGUUUCCGCGAUCCGCCAUGCCGCUAUCCAUCGCCUGAUCCAGGAUCGUGAAUCGCUCCUACAGAUAAACCGUGUUGCCAUUGAACUUGUGACGGCUAUCAGUGGAUCUUCACACUCUGAGAAGCCUUGCCGUCUCUUUAACUUCUUAAAGACUAGACUUCCGAAAUCAGACCAGCUUCCGGAGCAGCCUUUUAAAUCCAAAAGAUCUCUGCGAAGACGUCGCUACGGGAAAUGUAGCCACAGCUCACGCUGCUACCUAGAUCUACCAACAGGGUCUUACAAUGGGUUGAAGGACUUUUCACCCUGGAAGUUGAACGUUUCCUGCAUGCUGUAUUUUGAUGAUAUUAGCUAG